AUCAUUUAAAUACUUUUCAAUGUAAUAAAUUCUACAUUGUUAACUAGACUUUGUAUUGUAAACAGGUGAAAAUGGAGGCUAUACCCAAAAAUCCCAUAAUACAGCAUGAACCGAACACUUUAGAACAAGUUCGGAAAAUAUUUAACUUGGAUAAACCAGGACAAAUGGACGAAUCUAUUGAUAUAUUACAAGAAUGGGUGAAAAAACAACCUCAUUUUAAUAAAAAAGAUUUUGAUAGAGCUUAUUUGGAAGGCUACAUUAUAAGAGCAAAAGGAUCAGUUGAAAAAGCCAAGAAGCGGCUGGAAAGCAUGUGUACAUUAAGGACCGUAUUUUCUCACUUGUUUAAAGAUAACAAGCCAAACCAGAUGAAAAAUAUAGAAGCAAUCAAAGAAUUCAUGUUUCCAAAACAAACUAAGGAUUAUUGUACCGUAUAUUUUUCGAAACUUUGUGAACCUAACGUGGAUGAUUCAUUUAUUUUGAGUUUCUUCACCAAAGCCGAAUACAUUGUUGAUUUUUUAAGCAAAUAUGAUUACAACGCUGGCAUCAUAUACGUUAUCGACAUGACAGAGGCUGAUUUGUUAAAGUACAUAACGAUAAUGGCAAGUCCUUUUGUUCGCCAGUCAUUUACAAUUUUUUUCAAAGCAUACGGCGCACGUAUCCGCGCAGUCAACCUCAUAACCAAGUCUAAAUUGAUUGAAAACUUCUUGACUUUACUGAAACCGUUGUUGGGUGACAAAGUGGACAGAAUAUUUGUGCACACUACUCGUGAUUCCUUAUACGAGCAAAUUGAGAAGGAUAUGUGGCCGGCUGAGUAUGGCGGUAAAGAGGAAUCCAUAGAUGUACUUUCAAAAAGGAUGAUAGAUUUCUUAAGUUCAGAUGAGAUGAAGAAUUAUAGGGAUGAAUUGAACAAGGGUACUGUUGAUACGAAAAUCAAACCUAUUGCGGAAGAAUAUGAUACACAUUUAGGAAUACCUGGCAGCUUUAGAAAAAUAGCUGUUGAUUAGACAGUAGUGGUGCAUGUUCCAGCUAUGUCAUUAAUAUGAAAUAUAUAAAUUGGAAUUACAUAUUUAUUUUUAUUGGAUUUCAUAGAUAAGGACUUUAUUCGCAUUCUAAAUACACAAAUAUUGUUUUUCAUAUCACAACGAUUUGGAAUGAUGCUAGAACCAUAUCAAUGUUAUAUCAUUAAAUUAUAUUUCUAAAUCUAUUAC